UCAUAUGUAUACGGAUAUCAUGGCGGACAACCAGGAAAAGGUUGAUGUGUACAAAGUUCCGACGGUACAUGAACCAAGUGUUAAAGACCUAGCAAGCAUAGCGCAUAAUAAUGGUCUACAUUUUAGGGACGGAGAACUAGAGGAGCUACAAGGAUAUAUAUCACAGACACUGGUUAGACGAUACCAAACAGUGAACGACCUUAUUGCACCUACACUUCCGGUCAGAUAUCCCAGAACUCCUGGGUACAGACCGGAACCGGAAGACAAUCUCUGCAACGCUUGGUAUUGGAAAUGUGACAUAAAAGGUGCCGCUGAAGGUAUUAUGAAAGGUAAAACUGUAGGAGUUAAAGACAACAUAUGUGUUGCUGGAGUGCCUAUGAUGAAUGGAUCAAGGGUCAUGGAAGGUUUUGUUCCCGAUAUAGAUGCUACUGUGAUAACAAAGGUCUUGGAUGCAGGAGGACGUAUUAUUGGAAAAACUAACUGUGAACAUUUAUGUUAUGGCGGUACUAGCUGGACUAAUGAUACUGGCCCAGCUUUAAAUCCCCAUGAUAAAACCAGAGUUUCUGGAGGCUCGAGUUCAGGAUGUGCAGUGGCGGUCUGCAACGGCGAAGUGGACGUAGCCAUCGGUGCGGACCAAGGAGGAUCCAUUCGAAGUCCGGCAUCAUGGUGUGGUGUAGUUGGACUUAAACCCACUUGGGGGCUUGUACCUUACACUGGAGCUGUUGCUAUGGAAAUAACAAUUGAUCAUUUAGGUCCGAUGGCGAGAAAUGCGUAUGACUGUGCACUUUUACUGGAGGUAAUAGCCGGUUACGACAAUGGGCUAGACCCGCGACAGCCGCGUGACUUACAGGUGCCCAAAUACACAGACUAUCUGGAUGGAAACAUAGAAGGUUGGAAAAUAGGCUUAUUAUCCGAGGGAUUCACCGGAUGUGACGAUGACGUACAGGCUGUUGUCCGAGGCGCAGCAGAAACCCUCUGGAAAGCGGGCGCAGUUGUCGAGGACGUCUCCAUACCCUUGCAUACUCAUGGUAUAGCAAUUUGGCAACCGAUAAUGACGAAUGGAGCUUAUAGGUGUAUGUUUACAGGAAACGGCGUCGGUCAUCAUUACAAAGGGUACUAUGCGGAAUCUAUGAUGACAAAAUUGUCACAAGGAUAUAAAAUGGACGCGAGACAUUUGUCAGAACCUGUGAAGUCGGCUGUUCUUUUUGCAGAAUACAUCGAAAAGAACUAUGGCAACAGGUUUUAUGGACGAGCACAAAACUUGAAUAUGAAACUAACGCAAGCUUAUGACGACGCUCUGUCAACUUAUGACGUCAUAGUGAUGCCGACGCUGCCUUUUACGGCACCUUUACUGCCUUCAAGCAAAUCUUCUAUAACAGAACGCUUAGAGAAUGCUUUUGGUAUGUUUAAGAAUACAGCACCAUUUGACAGCACAGGACACCCCGCCAUUACAGUAAACGCGGGAAAAUCUAACGGACUUCCGGUUGGAAUGAUGAUUGUUGGAAAACGUUUCGAGGAUGUUAAAGUUUUACAAGCGGCAUAUGCGCUGGAGAAGCUACAACUUCAGAAUUGAAGUCAGAGACGUCAUCAAUAGAUAUUUAUUCGGACAUCAAAUAUGUUGUAAAUGAAUUUGAUAUUGCGUUUAAUGAUUCUGAAACUCCGAAGUUCUGAUAUUUUUACAUUUAUUGGUAUAUGGUGGGAUAUACACAUGAAUAUUUGUGGGAGCUGCAGAUAGAAUGGUGCAAACCGAUCGAUGUUGAAAGGCUAUAUAUUAAAGACGAAAGAAAG